AUGGGCGCCACUCCGUUCCAUCGGUCCAUCCUUGAGGUCCGGUUGCCGAAGCACUUCGACAAACCAACGGACAUGAGGUACGAUGGAACCCAAGACCCUUUGGAACACCUCACGGCUUUUGAGGCUAGAAUGAAUCUGGAGGGAGUAGGGGACGAGGUGAGGUGCCGGGCCUUCCCGGUCACCCUAGCCGGACCUGUGAUCCGAUGGUUUAACGGCCUCCUGCAAGGAUCCAUCUACGAGUUUUCGGACAUCAGUCGUGCCUUCUUGGCCCAAUUCACAACACGAAUAGCGAAGGCAAAACACUCGAUCAACCUGCUCGGGAUAACCCAAAGGCACGGGGAGCCGACCAGGAAAUACCUGGACCGCUUCAACGAUGAAUGUUUAGAAAUUGACGGCCUAACCGACUCGGUCGCCAGCCUCUGUCUAACAAACGGCCUCCUGAACGAGGACUUUCGAAAACACCUCACCACGAAAUCGGUUUGGACGAUGCAUGAAAUCCAAAUGGUGGCCAAGGAAUACAUAAAUGACGAGGAAGUCAGCCAGGUCGUGGCUACCAAUAAACGACACUACGGCUACAAUCAACCGAGGCAACAGGGUAACGGAGAGAGGCAGAAAGAACAAGCCAAAGAGGGAGGGCCGAGCAAGGCACCCAGACCGUUUCCCCGAAUCGGGAAGUUCACAAACUACACUCCACUCACUCUCCCCAUUAUGGAAGAUUGCUUCGACUUGAGGGAUGCACUAGAGCAAGCCAUAAGGGACGGUAAACUCUCGGAAUUCUCCCAUUUUAUAAGGGAGCCGAGGAGGCGACAUCGAGACCAGGACGAGGAAGGAAAGACCCGGUCGACAAAGCGACGACAAGAGCCAGAAGACAAAGACCAUGGUCUCACUGUGAUAAACAUAGUGACCGCCAAAAACGCGGUACCAAGGUCGAGAUCGGCACACAAGAAAGACGCCAAGAUCUUGGCAGUCUCCUCCGCGCCGAUGCGAAGCUCGAAGAAGCCCCCAUCUAUCUCCUUCGGCCCGGAAGAUCAGUGGUUCGACGAGGCCCCUGAAAAUCCACCCAUGGUCAUCACGACCAGGGUGGGAACAGGACUCGUAAAACGAAUCCUUGUUGACACGGGGGCAGACUCGAACAUUAUGUUCCGCAACGUGUUCGACGCAUUGGGAUUAAAGGACACCGACCUAUCGACUCAUCAGCACGGGGUCAUCGGAUUAGGCGACCACUUCAUCAAGCCAGAUGGAAUAAUAUCCCUUCCGAUUUCUUUGGGACAGGUCCAAGGCCGAAGAUCGGCAAUGGCUGAAUUCGUGGUUCUCCGAGAUUCUACGGCCUACAACGUCAUUUUGGGAAGGAAGACGAUUAACGAUAUCGAGGCAAUAAUCAACACAAAGCUACUAGUCAUGAAAUUUGUUGCCGACGUCGGAUCUAUAGGGUCCAUAAGGGGAGACCUAGAAACGGCGGUCGCCUGCGACAACGCCAGCCUCUCCCUAAGGAAGAAAUCCAAAGAGGCGUCAGGGGUGUUCCUGGCUGACUUGGACGCCAGGGUUGACGACAAGCCCAGGCCAGAACCGGAGGGGGACUUGGAGAAGUUCAGGGUCGGUGACACGGAGGACAAGUUCACGUUUGUCAAUAGAAAUCUUCCGCAAGAACUGAAGGAACCCUUGGUAGAAAUGAUCAGGGCCAAUGGGGACUUGUUCGCCUGGACACCGACCGACAUGCCGGGCAUAGACCCCAAAGUCAUGUCACAUCACCUAGCCGUCAAAGCGGAAGCCCGCCCAGUGGCCCAGAGGAGGAGAAAGAUGUCGCGCGAAAGGGCAGAGGAGGUGGCCAGGCAGACGGCCAGCCUCCUUGAAGCAGGCUUCAUUCGGGAACUAGACUACUCGACCUGGCUCUCGAAUGUAGUACUAGUAAAGAAGCACAAUGGUAAAUAG